AUGGAGGCCUUCAUUGCUCUGGGAAACGAUGCAUACUUCGACAGCACGGUGUUCAUCGCGGUUUGCUCGGCACUGUCCGCCGUUGGGGGAGUUUUGAUCGCUGUGCGGUGCGUGGCGAGCGUGAAGCAGAUUGGGAGGUUGUAUCUCGACGACUAUGCGAUGAUCGUGGGGUUGGCAUUUUUGAUUGCCACGUUUGUGAUGACACACUUGCUGGAGAGGACGUAUAAUGAUAUGUACAAAAAGGUCAUGGGGCUCUUGGGGUUGGAUAAGCGCGCGCUCCCUCCAUCCGUCCCAGACUAUCUCUUCGACCCAAUCCUCGAAAUGGACAGAAUAUGGGUCGCAACGAUUACGGUCGCCAAUCUUUCUACAUGGACGACAAAACUCCCCCUUAUGCUCAUGCUAGCUCGGUUAUUCAGCGUCAAACCCUGGGUCCCAUGGAUCUCGUACGGCAUGCUAGUUGCGUCUCUUCUCGUAACUAUUGCCAUCACGGCAUGGAGCGGAGCCGCAUGUGACAUGAGAGGGCAGUGGAGUACGAAUAUCGCCGAAAUAUGCUCUCCACGGAGUGCUCGCGGCCAUCUGGCAUCGGGGAUCGUGGGGUUAAUCGUUGACAUCGUCCUUUUUAUUCUCCCGCUUCCGAUCAUCAUCAGGUUGAAUGUGCCUUUCAAGAGGAAGAUUGGAUACGCCAUUGUCUUUACCACGGGGAUUCUAGGCAUCGUUGUUAGCAUUGUUGGGUGUUACUGGAGAAAGAAGGCACUGAGUGGAAAGGCUAGUGACCGUAAAGUUUCCAUUCUCUGCGUGGUUUUGGAAGGUAUCAUUGCCAUUCUCCUGGGAUGUGUCCCAGCAUACUACUACAUAUACCGAAACAUUAUAAUCAAGGCCAACAAGUUUUCGAAUGCCGCGUCGGGCAUCACGGCUACAAAAUCAACUCGAAAGCCUACAAGCACGGCUAGGCAGUCUCAUAUGUCAAGGCGAUAUACGACCACGGCUGAUGAAACUCUCAACUCGACCCAGGGGGACUGGAUCAAGAUGGACACGCCGCCAGUAUCUAGGGAUCGAUCACGAACAAGGGAACCCGGGCCAUCAAUGUCCAUUGAAACGGCACGGUCCUCUACAGACAGGGACCACAUCAUUCAUAUUGGAUAUGACGGGAGAUCUAAUAGGACGUAG